AUGUAUAAAUUAAUAUCUAAUUUUGCUAAAAAUUUAUCCACUCAAGUCCCGAUAUAUUCAUAUCAUUUUCCUAAUGGUUCAGUUUAUAACAAUGUAAUAAUGAAUUAAUUUUAAAGCCAGCAGUUACUGCAAAAAGAAUCAUAAAAGUAGUUGGAGAACGAUUGAGAAAAAUUGAUCCAGAAAGAGUAUAAAAUAUAAUAAAAUUAGUGGGAAUCAACUCCAAUCACAUUUAAUACAAAUUGGAAUGAUGCUGCUGGUUAUGUUGAUGUUGCAACUUGCAUUCAUAUACAUGAUGCUUUAGAAAAAGAAUUUGGAAUCGAAAUUAAAGACAGAGCAUUUCUUGUAUCAAGUAUUGAAACAGCGUUUUAUAUCGUUAAUAUUCAUCAUGAUAGUCAUUGAGAAAGA